GCGCGGAGAGGAGGGACAGAAAAACAAUCACAACAGCUUCUACAGCGUUGACAGCUUUGCUUGUAUUCCCGCUGAAACACGCUGUUUAUCUGUUGUUACCGGGAACGGACAUGUCACGAAAACCCAAAGAUGAAUACUACCGUUUUUUCACCGUUACCGACCCACGCACACACGAGAAGGGACACACCGAGUACAAAGUGACAGCAAGGUUUGUUUCCAAGCGUCAUCCAGAAGAUGUGAAGGAGGUGGUCGUGUGGAGGAGGUUCUCCGAGCUGAAGAAGCUCCACGGGGAGUUGGCCUACACUCACAGGAACCUGUUCAGAAAACAGGAGGAGUUUCCAUCGUUUCCACGCGCACAAGUCUUUGGACGGUUUGAUGAGGCUGUGAUUGAAGAGAGGAGAACGGCUACAGAGGUCAUGCUUCUAUUUACUACCAGCAUACCUGCACUCUACAAUAGUCCACAGCUCAAGGACUUCUUCAGAGGUGGUGAGGUCACAAGGCCUCUGGAUGCCGCCCCUCUGUCCUCUGCGGGGCCUCUGCCUCCCCCUCUCAUCCCCCUCCCCAAGCGGAGGGCCUCAGACUGUGAACCUGCAGAGGAGGAGGAGGGCAGGGAGGCUCCCACCUUACCCCAAGACCUGGGCACCAACCUGAGCUUAGAAGUGGGGGAACCAGAGGUGGCGGCUGAGGCUUACAGCGAGAUGGGAGGCUCUCCGAGAGAAGAACAAGAGGAGCAGAGCGAUACAGAGCUGGAUGACAGAGUACCGUCUCCAGAUCCAUGUCCAGCUGAAAACCACCAAUCACAGGAAUCCCAGGAAGAAUUUGAUUCCCUGUUUGAUUCUGUGAUAGAAGAUCAGCUCCCAUCCCCAAAAGAGGAAGGUCCACCUCCUCUGACUGAUUAUGACUUGGCUGUCUUUGAUCCCUGCUACAAACAAGAUAAAUCUAAUUCCUGCACUGACUACUCAGAAUUAUUCUCACUGCCGCCAACCAGUCUGAAUGGAGGGGAUGUGGGUUACUUAAACCAAGCUGCCACUGAGCUAACAGCUGCAAUGGAGCGGGAGAAGGAGGGAGAAUUUAGUUCUGCCAUUCGUGGAUACAGGACGGCAGUGGAUAUCCUCAUCACUGGAGUACAGGGAGACCCAGAUCUGAUACGCAGGGAGUCUGUGAUGAGAAGGACAGCACAGUAUCUGAAGCACACGGAGAUGUUGGUUGACAGGCACUCCUCGCCCACACACACUCACACACACACACAGGACUCUUAGAUGCACACACACACAUUUGUAUAUACACGUAUGGAAAUACUAAAGGACUAAAGCUGCCAUUAUAAUAAAUACAUGAAUAAAUAAAAGACUAUUAAUAAAUAAAAUGAUGACAAAAGCGAUGUAGAAAAAAAACCUAAUUUAUCAAAUAUUUAAGGUUAAAUAAAAAAUGAAUAACUUCACAGAAAUACAAAAAUUAAAUAUAUGUAUGUAUUUGUCGACAUAAGGAAAUAAAUUAAUAAGGACAAAAUGUCUAGAACACAUUGGGAAAUAUUUAAAUAUGAAAAAAAUUAAAACAAAGUAAUUUGUCAAAUAAAUGAAUAAGUUUGUAUUUAUUUUCUAUUUCUGUUCAUAUUUAUAUAUUCUUAAAUUACCUGCUAAUGCAUUUGAUAACUGAAGCUUUUAUUUCUACAUUUCUUUCUUAUUAUUUUAUUUAUUAAGGCAUUCAUUUUGUAAUUGAUUUAUUAUAACGACGGCUCUCGUCCUCCACACAUGAAGACAGAUCAAAGACAAGAAGCUCAGGGUUGUGACAUACAUACGCACACAAACAUGUCACACACACACACACACACACUCCUGAGGUACACACAACUGCUACUUUACCUGCCUUUGUGUAGUUAACAAUCUGUGAUUUACUAAAUCUAAAGUAAUAUUAAUAGAUACAUAAUCCUUCAUCUCUGUCUCUCUCUGU